UUGCAACAAAGUUGCCACGUGCAAUGUGGUGUUGUCUAAUAUCUCAAUAUGCACAAACGUGAAGUACAAAGAUUAGUUUUGCAGGGUUGCAUAUGAACUUGAAUAUGCACCUGAAGUAAUGUUGCACUUCACUGUUUAAAAAUCUGGUACGUUCAGCUUCAUUACAUGAACUGGUGCAUUGAGAAACCGACCAAAUCGAUGUGAGCAAGGUUUCGCACCGUUUCAUCAACAGUCUUAACAAGUACUUGCUGGCUGCCGAUGCCGGUUCAGAACGCCUGUAUGUACUCUUCUUCUUCUUCUUUAAAGGGAAAAUUACUACCAUUUACAUCCAUCCAAUUAAGAGCGUUUCUCCCUUGGUCAAUUUAGAAAACCUAUUUACCCUCAGGGAUCUGUAAAUUCGUCAAACCAGCUUAGCCUCCUUCAUCUCACCUGUUAAAACAUUAUGGCAGAGAAGGAUGUAUCUACUGUCAAACCUCAUCAAACUCUCAAUGACUGGCUUCCCAUCACCAAGUCUCGGAGUGCAAAAUGGUGGUACUCUGCUUUCCACAAUAUCACUGCCAUGGUUGGAGCUGGGGUCUUGGGCCUUCCAUACGCCAUGUCUCAGCUUGGAUGGGGUCCUGGUGCAGCUGUAUUGGUGUUAUCAUGGAUCAUUACCUUGUAUACUCUAUGGCAAAUGGUGGAGAUGCAUGAAAUGGUGCCUGGAAAGAGAUUUGACAGGUACCAUGAGCUAGGGCAGCAUGCUUUCGGAGAAAAACUUGGUCUUUGGGUGAUUGUACCACAGCAACUGAUGGUAGAAGUAGGAGUAAACAUAGUGUAUAUGAUCACAGGAGGAAAAUCAUUGAAGAAGUUCCAUGAUACUGUUUGUCAUGAUUGCAAAGAUAUUAAAACAACCUACUUUAUUAUGAUAUUUGCCUCCGUUCACUUCGUUCUCUCACAUCUUUCAAGUUUUAACUCCAUCACUGGAGUCUCUAUUGCAGCAGCUGUUAUGUCGUUGAGUUACUCAACGAUUGGUUGGGUGGCUUCCUUGGACAAAGGGGUUCAGCCAGACGUGCAGUAUACUCCCAGGGCUUCAACUUUUACAGGAGAAAUAUUCGGCUUCUUCAGUGCAUUGGGGGAUAUAGCCUUUGCCUUCGCAGGGCACAAUGUGGUGUUGGAGAUUCAGGCAACAAUCCCCUCCACGCCUGAAAAGCCUUCGAAGAAACCCAUGUGGAAAGGUGUGGUCAUUGCAUAUAUUGUUGUUGCUCUCUGUUACUUCCCAGUGGCCUUCAUUGGUUACUGGGUUUUUGGAAACAAAGUUGAGGACAAUGUCCUCAUCUCUCUAGAGAAGCCUCGUUGGCUUGUUGCUGUUGCUAAUAUGUUCGUAGUUGUUCAUGUCAUUGGAAGUUAUCAGGUUUACGCCAUGCCAGUUUUUGACAUGAUAGAAGCAUUUUUAGUCCUGAAGAUGAAAUUUAAUCCAAGCUUGAUUCUUCGGUUUAUAGCUCGAACUCUAUACGUCGCAUUGACAAUGUUCCUGGCAAUGUCUUUCCCAUUCUUUGGUGGGCUUCUGAGUUUCUUUGGAGGAUUUGCUUUUGCUCCUACAACAUACUAUCUUCCUUGCGUCAUUUGGCUUGUGAUAUGCAAACCCAAGAAAUUUAGCUUGUCUUGGUGGACGAAUUGGGUUUGCAUUAUAAUUGGUGUGGUGUUGAUGGUUUUAGCACCUAUUGGUGCUCUAAGGCAGAUUAUACUUGAAGCCAAAGACUUCAAAUUUUACUCUUGAGCUUUCAUUUCUUCUCCAAUGAUGUUGCCUUGUCUAAUUUGCUUUCAACAUUUCAUUUCUCUUUUUGGAAUAUUUAUGGGACCUCUCUAUUAUUUUAAUAUUUUCCUUUAUGUGGAUAUAUAUGCUUUUAUAUAUUACCAUUGUCUUUUUAACCAUACAUUUGAAAAAAAAAAAAAUGAAAGCUCCCAAAAACCUUGCAAUGAGUUUUUCUAUUGGAGGCGAAGAUGUGAAAAUUACAUUUAUAUAUAGCAAUCGCUUUAAAUUUCUUUUAGAAAAGAAAAUAUUUUUUUAUCUAUAAAUUAUAUCAAAAUUUAUGCAUAUAUUACUCUAUUUUUAUAAUUCAUGAAUUUAAUUUUUAUAUUUUAAUUCUUUUAAAGUAAAGGUCCAUCCGUUUAAUUUUUUUUAAUUGUAUAAGAAAUUACUAAAAUAUUCUUGAAGAUAUACUAGUUUUCAUCUCUUUGUAUUUUAGUCUAUCAAACCAAAAAAAAAAAAUACAAUUUUUUAAUAUGAAUAAAUGGAUUUUUUUUUUAUUUUAACAGAUUUAAAUGUAUAAAAAUAUUCAAUUAAGAGAUAUACAUGCUAAUUUUGAUUUUAUUUAGUGAGGCAAAAAAUCGCUUUUAGCUGAUAGCAACAAGCGAUUCUUGGAUGAUACGAUGUCGUUUAGUUUGACAAGAGUUCUAUACCAGCAUUCCAAUGAAAGGCAUUUAUCCCACCAGAUGCGGGUCUCUUUCCUUCGUCCAUCUUACCCCUAACCACCGUUGCCACCGUCUCCCCUGUCGCAUUUGCCAGCCUUUCUACUCCCAAAUUAUAUCAUCCACCUCCACCAGCACCGUAACACCUCCAAAAUGCUUCAGCUCCAACGGAUUCCAGUAGAAAUUUCGGCCCAGAGACGACGCAGAAAAGGAGGAAUGGCCGCGUAGGAACUGGACUAAGGGCGGAUGGGCGCGCUGGGAUGAAAUCCUCACUUCCGAAGCCGACACCACCAGCAAAUCCCUCAGCACGAAAAGGUUCAUCUCUAGUGUCCGGAAGCAAUCGAAGCUUUCAAAUUGCUCUCCAAAUUACCGGUUUAUAAAGAUCAAAGAAAUGAGAUUGACCGAAGACGAGUGGUACAAGUAGCAGUUCGAGAUGCCGUAAAAGCUCCAGAAGCUUUGGGCGGGGCCGUUGGUUGUGAUAUAGGAGAAGCAAAUUCUUGGAGAACUUGAUUUGGGAGCAACCUUAGCUCAGCGAGAGCUGCCAAGCCUUUGGUUUUUCGCCAUUGGAAGAACCUGGAGGGUAUAAACGAGAUCUAUUUUGUAGAAAUCAAUGUGAUCCUGAUAAUCCUUUAUACAGUCAUGGGGAAAAUCCAAGAGCUAGGAAACGAGUAAGCAAGAGAGGAAUGGAUUCACAUCAAACCCAUUGUGGACAAAGGAUUCGGUUUAGUAGGAGUGGUCUUGCAAAGAUGCCAUCAAACAGCGGAUGCAAAGAGAAUCUCUUGCAAGGGACUGAUUUUGAAGCAAAAAGAGAAGAAAUGAAGAUUCGGACACACAUCACAGAAAUGAGGACAAGGAGAAGGCAGCUUUGAUUGCACUCUUUUCAGUGGCUUAACGAUAUUUCAAAUAAACCGCUUGUAAAGUGGUACCAGAUCUCCUUGACUAUGAAACGAGUCUUGUUUGAGAACUAAUUCAACUUUGACCCGACUUGGGCGAAAUUUAAAUCCCUAUCAACUUAUAAAAUUAUUUUAAUAUUUUGUCGCGA